AUGCCUCAGCAGGACCCCCCUUACGACCCUUAUAUUCCCAGCGGCGAGGCCGGUACGCAGCACGCCGGCGGUGCCGGUGGCAACAACAGAACAGAUGCUCUGCGUGGUCAAAUCGACGAGACGGUCGGUGUCAUGCGCGACAAUAUCAACAAGGUUUCCCAGCGUGGUGAGCGCCUGGAUGCUCUGCAGGACAAGUCCGACAACCUUGUCGCCUCGGCGCAGGGCUUCCGUCGCGGAGCCAACAUCGUACGCAAGAAGAUGUGGUGGAAGGACAUGAAGAUGCGCAUGUGCAUCAUUAUCGGUGUCAUUGUCCUGCUGGCCAUUAUCAUCAUUCCCAUUGCCGUCAAAACGACCGGCCACUAG